AGUUCCUUAGUUCCAACUAGUACUUGAACGCGGCACGAUUCCUAGCCAAGUGGACGAUGUCAGUUUCUCGUAUAAAGGAAUUUAUGACAUUUUUAGAAUUUUACAACAUGCUUUAAAUAUAAUAGUUUGUUCGAAUAGAGCAGUAUGCAUGUCACGGAAUUGUGUUGAAUGCCCUAACGUUACAUAGGGGGGGAAAAAACGUGUUGGAAGUCCUAGCUAGCUAGUUAACGUUACUCGGACGGAGGCUAGCUGAAACGACCACCAUGAGAGACAACGAGAAGACGUGGAAAGUUUACUCCGAACCAAAGAUAACAGAGGUGUGAUAAUAUUGCAGUACCACGAUACACCGGGGGACUUGGUGUCUGGGUAUGUCACAUGAGUAACUCCACAGAGUUCCGAGCCACGCCUCGGGACGAGAGAGAGCUGUCAACCAGGCAGCAGAGACAUGACGUGGUUCUUUCAUCCGACAGAAUGGUACAUGUCAUAGCCAACGUGUGUUGUUUUGCUCUUUUGAGAAAAGAGGUUGGAGUUGGAGGUAACUCGAUGUGGGUAGUGCCUUGGGCUGGGAGGGAACGAAUUAAUGAGAGGCAUAGGGUAGCAUAAGAGCGCAUUCUCUUCCCGUGUCUGACAGCGCUGUCAAUACUUCACUUCACAAUUUGGAGCUAGGACUCGGGAGUUCGGCGAACAUUGGUGCUCUAGCUACACAGGACCAGCUAGCUGUCUGAUGUUUUAUUUGAUGAAAUUAAACCAGCUCUACGAAGCUUGCUUAUUGGAGUGCAGGUCCUCAAAGAGAUAACUCGUGGUCACUGCUCUAUUUGGCUGCUGUGAGGGAGGCCAGUGCUGUUACUGGUGAGCAUUGAGACUUCUCCACCCCAGAAAGACAAACGGACGGAGUUCCCCUGCCCAGUGCCCCUGUUCACCUUUUCAUGGAUGCCAGGCUGGCCCUGCUGCAGCUUGGGACUCUCCUGGUCCUCCUGUCCGCAGCAUUGGAGUCGACUGCUAAGCUGACUGCUGGUGAGGAGGUCUACACUAACACCUGGGCGGUCCACAUAGAGGGGGGACCGCAGGAGGCUGACCGAAUUGCCAGGAAACACGGCUUCAUCAACCAUGGCAAUGUGUUUGGGGAUUAUUAUCACUUCCGUCAUCACACCGUAGUGAAGAAAUCCCUAUCAGGCCACAGGGGAACACAUGUCCGACUGGAGAAGGAACCACAGGUGCGUUGGGUGGAGCAGCAGGUGUCGAGGCGGAGGAAAAAGAGGGAUGACUACAACGAACCAUCCGACCCCAAAUUCCCCCAGCAGUGGUACCUGGUGAGCAAGUCCAACCCCAGCGAAGCAGACCUAAAUGCCAGGGGAGCGUGGUCCCAGGGGUACACUGGGAGAGGAGUGGUGGUCACCAUCCUGGAUGACGGCAUAGAGAAAGACCACCCAGACCUUGCCUCAAACUACGACCCUGAUGCCAGCUAUGAUGUUAAUGAUGGAGACUCUGAUCCCCAGCCACGCUACACACAGCGCAACGAGAACAGACAUGGAACACGGUGUGCUGGUGAGGUUGCUGCGGCCGCCAACAAUGAUGUUUGUGGGGUGGGCGUGGCCUACAACGCCAAAAUUGGAGGUGUGCGUAUGCUGGAUGGAGAGGUGACAGAUGUGGUGGAGGCCCACUCCCUCAGCCUCAACUCGCAGCACAUCCACAUCUACAGCGCCAGCUGGGGCCCAGAGGAUGAUGGGAAGACGGUAGACGGCCCCGCCAAGCUGGCCAAGGAGGCAUUCCUCCGAGGAGUCACUGAGGGCCGCGGCGGGCUGGGCUCCAUCUUUGUGUGGGCGUCGGGGAACGGUGGUCGUGAGAAGGACAGCUGUAACUGUGAUGGUUACACCAACAGCAUCUACACCCUGUCCAUCAGCAGCACCACCCAGUAUGGCAUGGUGCCCUGGUACAGCGAGGCCUGCUCCUCCACCCUCGCCACCACCUUCAGCUCUGGGAACCCUAACGAGAAACAGAUAGUGACCACAGACCUGAGACAGAAGUGUACAGACACCCACACGGGGACGUCAGCAUCGGCCCCCCUGGCUGCUGGGAUCAUCGCCCUGGCUCUGGAGGCCAAUAUGAACCUGACGUGGCGGGACAUGCAGCACUUGGUGGUGAGAACCUCUCACCCCGCCCACCUCAGCACUGACGACUGGAGGACCAAUGGAGUGGGCCGCAAAGUGAGUCAUUCGUAUGGGUAUGGUCUGCUGGAUGCGGGGGCCAUGGUGGCCCUGGCCCAGAACUGGACCAGCGUGGGCCCACAGCACCAGUGUGUCCUCACCAUGCUCUCAGAGCCCAGGGACAUAGGUAGCCGGCUGCUUUUCAGUAAGACAUUGGAUUCCUGCUGGGGCAGACCAGAGUAUGUCAACUCUCUGGAGCACGUCCAGGCCCGCCUCACUCUCUCCUACAACCACAGAGGAAACCUGGCUAUACACCUCAUCAGCCCCCUAGGGACACGCUCUACCCUGCUGGCUCCCAGGCCUAAAGACUAUUCGCCAGAGGGAUUUAUUGACUGGGCCUUCAUGACCACCCACAUGUGGGACGAGGACCCUCGAGGGGAGUGGACCCUGGAGAUAGAGAACGUCUCAGAACAAGGACACGACUAUGGUGUGUUGAGUCAGUUUACUCUGAUCCUGUAUGGUACGGGCUCCAGCUCCAAUAACCCCUCGUCUCCUGACUUCCCCCGGCCUUCCAACAACAGCUGCAAGACCUUCGACACCCAGCAGAUCUGCAUCGAGUGCAGCCUAGGCUUCUCCCUGUUCCUGCAGGGUUGUGUGAAGCUCUGCCCUCCCGGCUUCACCACGGGCCCCCAGCUCCUCAACAUGUCCCUGGACAACUGGGUGGACUUGUCCUCCGUCCAGUCCUGCCUGCCAUGCCACCCUGCUUGCCUCACCUGUUCCGGCCCCGGGCCCAGCGAUUGCCUCUCUUGCCCCCCUCACAGCCACCUGGUCCUCACCGCCUGCCUGCACCAGAACCAGGUCCAGCGCAAGUCCCCCACUGGCCCCGACCGCCAGGGAGAUGUGGGUGGACCAGGGGAAAGCCCAGUGGGGUUAGAGCAGGGGGGAGGUGGGGGAGUGGGGGAGCCUCCAGGAUCUAGCCUGGCCCUGUCCUCCCCUCUGGCCACCCUCCUGGCGGUGCUCAGCUGUGCCUUCAUCCUGGCAGCCUUUGCCGGGGUCUUCCUUAUGCUGCAGCUGCGCUCUGGUGGCGCCCCCUGGGUCCGGAUGACCAAACUGCACUCUGUGGAGAAGGGAGGAUGGGCCUCGGGGGGCUUCGGCCUGGGGCUGGGCUGGGAGAGGCAGGGCAGGGUAUCCUAUAAGGGGAUCCCCACCGUGUGGGGUGACGAGGACCAGGUAACACUGGGGGGCUCUGAUUCUGACAGUGAAGAGCUGAACUGCCACAGUGAGAGGACAGCCUUUAUCAGGACACAGAGCUCUCUCUAGCCCCCUCUCUGACCCCUACAUCUGGAGGAAACUCUCUUCAGAGGGUUUGGUCUCUCCAGCCCCUCCCUCUGCUAGAGCUCAUGGGUCUGUAGUGUGAGUCUGUUUCAGGCAUUGUCCCUGGCUGAUACACAGAGAUUCUGAUCCAGGAAUGUAAUGGCUCAGCCCAGCAAGCACCUCUUGGUCCACCACCUCUUGAUUCACCCUCAAGCAUUAAUCAAUUGAAAAUGUUUUUGUUUUAUAAUGACUAUAUAUAUUAUUUUUGUUUUAUUUUAAUUGUAUUUGUUGCUUUUAAACACUUGAAUAAGAUUAUUUGCCCUGGCCCAAGGGUCUAGGUAAAGGUAAAGUACACUUUUCACUAUUGUUUCCCAUUGACCUUUAGUUUAUUGUAGAAAGGCCGAUUUCUGUAUUUUGAAAGUUGCAUAUCUUGAAAACUUGAUUGCUGUGACAUGCAAAACAUUUUGGGACUAUAUCAACAAUGGACUAAUGAAACAAAAGAUAGUUUUUGGGUGGAGUUUUCCUUUAAGCAGACAUCGGAAGAGAUGUCAGUAUGUAUUAGUAUACGUGUGUCUGUGUGACAGUGACUUUUUAUUUAAUGUACGAGAGAGAAAGUUUGCAGAUUUGGGCACUGAUAAAUGCCUACAUUUGAACGCAGUGGCUGUACAGUAACAUGCUAUACAUGACGUCAGACCUCAAGCUCUGCGCUUCACAGCGCUGUAUGGGUUUCGACUGACCGCCGUUCUGCACUUGAACACCGCACGCGAUAUGAAGUUGCCCCAAUCUUGCUCACUAAUUGGGCAACUUCUUUUGUUGACUGAGUGAGGGAAAGCUGUAAAUGUAUUUUGAAAGAUGAGACGUUGAGGAUUAUAAUUAAAUACUGUUUUGAUGUCAUACAAGCAAGCCAAACACCCAUGAGUCCAAAUGUGUACUUCACAUUUCCGUAUAUGAUCUAUAUUUAAGGUACAGUUACAAGAUCACAUGGCGUCAUACCCUGGGUUAUUCUGAACAGAAUGUGCAUAUGUUUGUCUACUGUGAAGAACAUUUGACGCAGCACACGCACCUGAAUGCACUCAUGACUCCUUUCUAUGCGCACCAAAAUUACGAUUUGUUUCCCUGAAUUGCAUUUUGAAAGCCUAACACUGUAAUAUCGUGUUUUAUAACUUAGCUAGUCAUGUUGGCAAUAGAACAAGCUUUCAAAGUGUGCCCACCUGACCCAGAUUGCGAUUUAUAAUGUUUUUUGGAUUGCGUAAACAACACCAGUAAUUGUGUAAUGGCGGGGACAAUGGGUUGUGUUCCAAACAAAACAACUUCAAGUGUGCUUGCUCUAGUUCCUCAACGGCACAUCUAGGAGAGCUCAGCACCUUAUAGUUGAAGGCUGCUCUUUGAGUCAUACAAGUGCAUUGAAAUGACUUAGGAAAUGCGCACUCUUUGGAGAGGUGUGUGGCCACUUGGAGACACCAGUUAGUCCUCUCACUCGAACUCUUAUCAUCAGUAGUGCUAAGCGAUUUUCGAUGUCGGUUUCGAUUAUGUUUUUACAUUAAAUGCUCUAUGCAUUAUAUAGGUUGAAUGCUGUAACACAGAAUAAAACAAUUAAUAAAAGACGAUGGUAGUGACUGCCCAUUACUGUUGAUCACUUAUGAACCAUUAUUUAUUCACAUUACUUUAAUAAAAUAUUUCAGUUGUUGUGUAUAUUACAUUUGUUUUAUUUUAUGACUUUAUUAUUUCAUUCCGAGUCAUCAUCUCAUCUCUAUAGAGCUGCUUCCUAUGCUUGCUGUCUGACAAAAUCACUAUUUUGUAGUUCUUCAAAGUAAAUAAGGCAUACUUUUAUGACUGCUGAAUACCAACUAUCAAUCACUUAGAUCAUGUAUUUUCAGGUAGAGAUACCACGCUAAGCAACAGCUGCUCUCUAUAUCCCCUCAGGAUCGCGCAUUCUUCUCUCUUCCGUAGCUGUCGUAAAAGAAAGACAGACUGGACAAGUAGAUGCGCAAUGGAUUUUGGGGAUUGUAGUUAGUUUAGCGCAUAAAACGUGGCAGUUAUGUAGGAUAUUGGCCAAUUGGAAACCACAACUCCCUACUACAUCACACAGUUCAGGCUGGAUCUGAAUUAUCUCUAGAGAAACUGAGUGACGUGAGCAUUGAGUUCACAGAUACAUUUUUUUACGAACGACUUCGGUCAAUUAGUUGUUUGAAAACUGAAAAAUAACUGACAAUUUUGUUAAUGGCUUAGCUCUAAUAGACAGUGUAAUGUUUGGAUUCAGUCAGAUGAACUUUUGUGUCCUCACCUUUCAGUUUUAUAAUUUUCCCAUAAUCUCAACUGUUCCUUUCAAUUGCUUCCAUGGUUAUGCAUAUGCUUUUAAUAUUUAUUCUGUAAGAAACCUUUCAAUUUAGCCCGAUCAAUAGUCCCACGAGUGUAAUGGGUUAAAGGCCCAAUGCAGACUUUUUUUUCUCAAAAUCAAAUCAUUUUUCGGUAACAAUUGAGUACAUUACUGUUUUUUUAACCAUUUGAUUGAAAACCAAAAUUGUUUCUUAGCAAGAGCAAUUUCUCAAACAAUAAUUUUGCUAGGACUGUUUGGGAAGGGUCUACGUGGGGAGGGGAAAACUAGCUGUUAUUGGCAGAGGUUUGGAACGUUCUUUCAUAUUGCCUGGUGAUGUCACCAGGCAGGCCAAAACUCCAUCCCACCAAAACAGUGUCUUUUCAAACAGCUCUUACACUAAAAGGGAAUUAUCAACUUUUUUUACAAUUUAUUAUUCCAAUCUCGUAGUGUGGCAAUAUAUAUAAAACACAGGAGAAUCACAUUUUUGACUGCACUGGGCCUUAACACUUUUUUAUAACACUUUUUCCUACUGUUUGUUUUUUGAGUUUCCUACUCUUCUCCAUAAUCAGUGGGCUCCAGCAUUUCUUAAUCUGCUAAUAAAACCCCAAUAUAGACAACACAUCAAAAAACCAGCACAGACUUUUUUGGAGUAGUCUUCAAGGUUUUGAUAACUAUUGAGCUUUAGCUUAGCAAUAUUGUCACCAACAGCUUAAAAGCACUUAAUACCAAUAUAGACAAUUGUUGAAAGGACAAACUUCUAGUAUUGUGGUUUUUGGAUGUAAGUAGAAAGCUCAUGCAUCAAUCAGCAAACACACACACUACAGAACAAGUGGGAGAAGGGAUGGCAGGUAAUAUUAGUCAGCCACUUUUUUCAUUUGCACACUGGGUUACUUACAGAGGGAUUACCAACCCUGCAGUACUGUGUUCCCAUCUUUCUGAAGAAGAAGAAGAAAAAAAACAGUUAACCCAAAGCUAUUUGACCUUCUCAACCUGUCUCUAUUCUCUUGCUAUCGGCAAGAAAUAAGAUCAUUUUGUCUUCAUUUUCCCCAUGGAGGCUCUAUUGAUUUUCAGGGUUUGUUUCUCUGCCAAGUCUUUAUCAGUGGAAAAAAGAUAAUAGCUUUCUCUUGUUAUUACACAUUUCACAUAUUUUGACAAGCAAAUGUAUUAGCCUGCAGGUAUUUGCAGUCAUGCAUUAUUAAGUUAUUGGUCAACUUUAAGAACAUAUAAUUUGGACUGGUCUAUACAAUCAAAGCUCUUGAGUAUUGUAUGUGAUAAGAACUGCUAUGGUGAAAUGUUUAUAGAUCAGUUACAGCAUAUUUUAAAUUUAUUGUAUUUUCUAUUAUUUUUUCUAUUUUAUCAUUUUUAUUUAACUGAUGAUUGAUGUCAAUAUUGUGGGGAUAAAUGUCAUGCUAAAAUAAAAUGACUUUGUAGGUCAUAUGAGAUGAAA